AUGAUUUUACUCAUAUCUACAUAUGGUCCAGAAUUUAGGAGGAGUCGCAUUAUAAGGUCAUUUACAGAUUGCAAGGUGGAAUCUGCGAGUCAUGAAAAAGAAGCUCGGAUGCAGCUGACUGAUGCACAACAGGGUAUUUCUGGACCGUUUGUACUAGACGGAGAAAUAUACGGUAAAAUUCGUGCCUCUACCAUUGCGUCAAUUGAGUCAGAAAUAACAGAUAAAAAGGAUUUCAAAGAAGUCAGCUUUCUUGCUGGAACUAUACACCGAAACUACGCCCAAUCAUUUGAACGUAUUUUAUGGAGAUGGUGCCUUGGCAAUGUUUUCGUCCGAAUGUUUGAUUUACAGGACUUAGACCACAAUUUCCGUGCAAAAGUUUACAGUUAUCCCAAUACAGUUUCCGAGCGCAAAAUAAUGAAAGAGAAGCUAACGGCAAGAAUUGAAGACAUGAAAGCUGUUCUCGAAAGGUCGUUUCAGCAUAGGGAUAAAGUGUUGCAAGCAACAGCACAGAAUCAUGGAACUUGGUUCAUUAAGUAUUUAAAUGCUUCUUCCAGUAUUACUGGCGACAGUCAGGAUAUUUGUAAACCGUUUGUAGUAUUGAAAAUGAAAGCAACUUUCAGUGCGUUAAAUUGCUUCAAUUUCGAUGUUACACAACGCUGUCUAAUUGCUGAAGGUUGGGCUCCCACAGAAGAGUUGUACCUCAUUAAAUUAGCUCUUGAAAGAGGAAUGGAAGUAAGUGGUUCCAUUAUCGCACCAGUGAUAAAUGAAAUGACUACGACAUCUGUUCCACCAACAUUCAAUAAAGUGAACAAGUUUACUAGAUCAUAUCAGAAUAUUGUGGAUGCAUAUGGCGUUGCAAACUAUCAGGAAAUCAAUCCAACUCCAUGGACUAUAAUAACAUUUCCAUUCAUCUUUGCGAUAAUGUUUGGGGAUGCAGGUCAUGGACUGAUUAUGUUUUUCCUUGCAUUAAUACUAAUAAUUUAUGAAAAACGUUUCAUAGCUGCAAAAAUCAAAGAUGAGAUUUUUAACAUAUUCUUUGGUGGACGUUACGUAAUUCUUCUGAUGGGUUUGUUUUCCGCUUUGUAUACAACGAUUUUUAUUCCCAAUCUCUCAAUAUUUUUGGAAGCAGCUGGAAAAACCCUUACAAGUCAGGAACCUUCUCUCCAAAAAGAUCUCAAUGGAUCAGGUGACCUUACAUUACCACCGGGAUAUGCUUUCGAACACGAAAAGGUUUCUGCGAAGUUUAUGUACAGUAAAAAAUUCUUUUUGAAGUGCAAUAUUACUUUUAAGGACAGCUUUAUUAUGCAUGUAAACAAGUAUGCUGUUGACAAUGGACCCUAUCCAUUUGGUGUUGAUCCAGUCUGGUCAAUUUCUGUUAAUAAAUUGAAUUAUUUGAAUCCCCUCAAGAUGAAAAUGUCCGUGAUUGUUGGCAUUUCUCAAAUGACAUUUGGCCUAGCACUUGCAUUGCUCAAUCACAUGUACGCAACGCGCAAGAAACUAUUUCAAAUCAAAAGUGGAUAUUCUUUUCGUCUGGAUCCCUCAACUGCUCUUCCUCGCUUCUAUCUUUGUUUACCUCUGCAUACAGGUCUAAUUUCGUUUGCAUUCAAGACAAAACAUGAGAGUGACAAACAGUUGCGAUUUCAGAUUAUCACCAAAUGGAUAAUGUACUAUGUAUGGCCCCAGUUUAUCUUCGGCUACUUUUAUCCUUCUUCAAACUGUGCUCCUACUCUUCUAAUAGGUCUCAUUAAUAUGUUUAUGAUGAAAAGCAGACAGGCGGGUUUUGUUGAUGCAAGCGUGGGAAACUGUUCUGAAUACCUGCAAGCUAUCAAAAAUCAAGACUGUACUACUUCAAGAAUUUCUGUUGAGUGCUCUAAUGCAGUCAAAAACUGCCAGCCGUAUGCUGAAUGUGCAUUGAAUCAGUGGUAUCCAAACCAGUAUCCACAAAAUGGGUUUAAUUAA